AUGAAUCUGGGGGGUCUGCUAAUGUAUGUGGGGCUCCUCUAUGCGGUUCGUGCUGAGGGGGACCCUAUUCCAGAAGAAAUGUACGAGAAAAUUGCAGCAGGAUCUGUCAAGUCUAUAAACGAUAUACAAAGACUGCUGAAAAUAGAUUCCGUAGAUGAUGAGGACGAUGUGUAUGAAUUAACCAGAAAUGAAACAAGAAGUUUGCCUAGGGGCAGUUCCAGCCACUCCCGGGUCAUUCGCAGCUUAGAUGCGCAGCAGGCUCAGAUCGCAGAGUGCAAACCCAGAACAGAAGUGUUUGAAAUCACCCGCCAGAUGGUCGAUCCAACCAAUGCCAACUUCCUUGUGCAGCCACCAUGUGUGGAGGUUGAGAGGUGCUCAGGGUGUUGUAACUCCAGACACAUAAAAUGUGUUCCAUCCCGCAUGCGCAUCCGACAUGUGCAGGUGAAGAAAAUUGUGAUCAGGAAAUCCAAGAAGGAUGUUCAACUUGUCCCCAUUCCUCUGGAGGACCAUUUGGAGUGCAGGUGUGAGGCAGUAAGUUCCUUACCUAUCAGAGGUCACCACACUUCCCAUGAGCACAGGGGGGCUGCAGGUAAUUGUCUUUUAAAUAUUUUUGCUUUUUAG